UCAUUUACAGUCAGCCUGGUCAACCAAAAUGAGAGCUCAGUCUGGUUGACCAGGCUAAAUUUAAGUCCCACCAAAUCUGACAAGACAACCAUUUGUUUCACUGACAGUUUUUUCUUCCAUAACAGGUCAACCAUGAUCACCUUGCUCCUACUGUGGGUGUCUCUGCCAUUCAUCACCUCAACAAUAUCCUUUGAAGACCCUGGUGGUAUGUGUAAGCUUACAUCACUAUUGUUCACUGGUCAUAUUCAAAUACUAUUAAAAAAGCAUUGUUCCUUCCUCCUUUCCUUGAAGUAAUCACUGAUCUAACAUGAAUAGGUGUAUGCAAGAUUUCCACUCCACUGCUUUCAUCCAAUCAAAUCCAAUCAACAUCAAAGAAGGACAUAGGGAAGGAUGCAUUGCAAAUAGGGAAGAACGCAGUUCUAGCUAUUCAAACAGGGCCCCUGUUAUAUACUGGAUACUGACACCAAAUGCAAAAGUAGAAGAGUGUUCUAGUCUCUUAGGAUAGGGUUUGGAAUAAUGCAGGCAAGUGACAUGAAUUCACUCCACUUUGCUGAAAAUAAACGGGCAGUACAUCCAUCAUGCUACUUCACUUCGGCAACAUCGUCCCUACAUGAUCUGCUGAUAUACUGUAAAAAUACAUCUCAUACUAUCUUACCCAGAUCUAGACAGUACCUUGAGUGUCAGCAUCCCUGUGGAGGUGCCGCUGCGCCCUCUGAUGGGCGCCAAGGUGGUGGUGCCCUGCUACUUCCAAGACAACACGGUCAACGACCCGGCCACGCCCACUGUCGCCCCCCUGUCCCACCGCAUCAAAUGGACCUACAUCACCAAGGGCAAGGCAACCCUCAUCCUGGUGGCGUCGGAGGGCAAAGUUCACGUGGAGACGGAGUACCUAGACCGGGUCACCAUGGCCAACUACCCGCUGGUGCCCACCGACAUCACCAUGGAGAUCACGGAGCUGCGCUCCAAGGACUCAGGCACCUAUCGCUGUGAGGUCAUGCACGGCAUCGAGGAUAACUAUGACUCGGUGGACAUCCAGGUUCAAGGUAUGACUUGGAGUUUAACUACAGGCUCUGAGUGCAUUUUGUUGGUAUGAUCUUAAGCUAUUCAAGAAACGAUCAUUAGGUUGGCUUUUAUUCUGGUUCAGAUGUACUCUACAUUGCGUUGAGGGUUCUCACACACAUUAACAUUAACAUGGACAUUUCACUCCAAAAAUAAAGUUUGACAAAAGAAUGUGCCAAAUAAAAUCAGUAAAAUAUUCGGUUAUUAUUUGGGAUUGAGGCAUAUAGCUAAAUCCAGUAGCAUGGGACAUGGAUUCAUCUUCAUAUUAAGUACUUUUUCGAAACACAUCUGACAAAGUUGGAUUUUUGGAGUGAAAUAUCCCUUCAAUAGCACAUAAUCCAAUACUCUACCUCAUAUAUACACUAGCCCUAGCCUACCCUCUAGCCCUAGCCUACCCUCUGAAAUUGUAUAAUACUUAAAAAUAAUACAGUGAGGGAAAUUUGUUCUCUCCUCUCCAGGUAUUGUGUUCCACUACCGAGCCAUCUCUACUCGCUACACUCUGAACUUUGAGAGGGCCAAGGCUGCCUGUAUCCAGAACAAUGCCACCAUCGCCACCCCAGCCCAGCUACAGGCUGCCUUUGACGAUGGCUUCCACCAAUGUGACGCCGGUUGGCUAUCUGACCAAACAGUCAGGUAAUUCUGACAUACUAAACUGUGUACCGUUAUCUGUCAUGACUGCUUUAGGUAAGCCAUGUGCACUAUUGUCAGUCAUAGCUGAUUUAGGAAAGCCAUCUUUGAUAUUUUCACACACAGUGUGGAUAUACAGUAGAAAUGAACUAACCUGAAGGGUUGUGUGGGGAUGUGAAAUGUUGUUCAAGACCAGGGGUACUCAAGUACUAUUUGAGAAGCCCCCACCCCCCCCACACACACACACACAAAUUCAUUAAAAUAAAAUAUUUGGUAGUCGGGACCCGCGAUCUGUAUUGACCCCGUUCUGGGUCCGGCUCCGGACCACAGUCCGCCAAUUGAGUAUGGGGGUUCUAAACCAUGGUUUGGAAUGAAGCAACGUUAUAACCAUUUGGGAUUUUUAAAAUAUAUAUAAUUUCAGACUAAUUGAUGUGUCAUGUGUAUGGACCAUUUUGUUCUCUGCCAUGUCACGUGAUCUACUCAAGGUACCCCAUCCAUGAGCCUCGUGAGGGUUGCUUUGGAGACAAGGAUGAGUUCCCGGGUGUGCGAACCUAUGGCGUGAGAGAGGUCAACGACACUUAUGACGUGUACUGCUUCGCACAGAAGAUGUCAGGUACUCAACAGCAAAUAUUGUAGUUUGUCAUGGUUGUCAUGGUUGUCAUGCAAGCAUGAUUUAUAGCGUAUGAAUAGGAGAAUGAUAAUUUGAAGUCAAAGUAUCAUGCAAAGAAUAAUAUGAGCUACACCCAGUCAGCAACAAACGUUCCCACAACUUUAGAGAAUGUUCCCUUAAGAGUCUCAUUAGGUCAUUAACUAACGUUUUCAUAGUAAUGUUCCUGUGAUGUGCGAGGACUGUUUCCAAGAGACCAUUCCUUUAAUGUCAAAUAGAACACCCUGAAAGUGGUUACCAUGUUCUGAUCCAUUCAUAGCUCUUUGUCUGUUGGCAAGGUUAGGGAUAAUCACACACAGUGCUUUUAACAUAGUGUUUUCAACUUACAUAUUUGAUGUAGAUAUUUACAUUGUGCAUGUUCAUUUAUACAGUAAUAAUAAAUGUCCUCACCUGUGGUUUGAACUCCCAACCUCUUGGUUCACAGUCGCUAUGCUACCAGGUCCGUGUCCGGCAUCGGUUAAUCUGACUAUUCUCAUCAUUGAUUUGAUUGACUUAUUUCCUUAAUUUAAGGGCUUUCUCUGUAGUUGUCUAAUGUUGGUGGGGCAUGUUAACCUGUUGUAAUGAUACUCCUGAAUCACUAUAAUCAAUAAAAUAUUGUUUUUACUUCACAGUGAAUUCACCCUAUUGCUUACACCUAUCAAGUUUUUUCAUCUACAUAAGUGCCUAUAGUGAGGAGGGGUUAGGGUUUCUUAGCUCAGGUUAGUGUGUUGUAACUGUUGCCAAAUAAAGACGUUAACAUAUUUUGCUAAGAACGUGAGAGUAGUGUGAUUGCCCUAGCCACCAGCACCAAUAAAGAAACACCCUAACCACUGUCCCAAUAAUGGAUAUCUCUAAGAAAUAUGCUUAUUGGGCCAGUAUAGUUAGGCCCUGUCCUGUCCAGAAGAAACACUACCCCCUCCUCCCUAGGCACUGAUCUGAAACAACUUGAUAGGUCUGCAACAACUUGAGAGGUGUAAUGCUGUAAGCAAUAGGGUGGUAAGCAAUAGCUCCGUUAAAAGUACACUCAAGCAAAACCUUUACUGAUCAUAGUGAUUCAGGAGUAUCAUUAAAACAGGUUAACAUGCCCCACCAACAUUAGACAACUAUACUGAAAGCUCUUACAUUGCUGAAAUAAGUAAAUAAAAUCAAUGAUGAGAGAAUAGUCUGAUUCAUUGAUACCUUACACAGACAUCGUAGCAUAGCAGGAAGAUUGGAGUACUACUGUGAACCAUGAGGUUGUGAGUUCAAAUCCCAGGUGAGGACUGUUGAAUAAUAAUUACUAUAUAAAUGAACAUGCACAAUGUAAUCAAGAAUGUCAAAGUGUGUCAAAUAUGUAAGUUAAAAACACUGUAUGUCAAACGCACUGUGUGUGAGUAUCCCUAAGCAUGUCAACAGAUAAAGAGCUAUGAAUUGAUCAGUGGCUCACCAAUCAGAGCCUUGAUUGGCUCGGCAACAGUAACAAGGCGUGAUGUGUAAUGAAAAUAUUAUUAUUAUUUAAAAAAUGUUUAGGGGGGGACGUUUAUUUGAUGUCUAGAACGUGUCUAGAACAUUCAUAUAAUAUGUUCUGAGAACAUGGCAACCAUGUUCUUUGCAUGUUUGGUGGGAUGUUGAUGGAAAAUUCUCCUAACCCUCAGAAAACUGGACACAUAAAAUCAAAUCAAAUUGUAUUUGUCACAUGCGCCGAAUACAACAGGUGUAGACCUUACAGUGAAAUGCUUACUUACAAGCCCUUAACCAACAAUGCAGUUUUAAGAAAAAUAAGUUAAAAAAAUUGUUAAGUUAAAAAUAAUUUAAGAGCAGAAGUAAAAUAAAAUAACAGUAGGGAGGCUAUAUACAGGGGGUACCGGUACAGAGUCAAUGUGCGGGGGCACAGGUUAGUCGAGGUAAUUGAGGUAAUAUGUACAUGUGGGUAGAGUUAAAGUGACUAUGCAUAGAUAAUAAACAAAGAGUAGGAGCUGUUAAGAAGCCUUUUGGACCUAGACUUGGCGCUCCGGUAACGCUUGCCGUGUGGUAGCAGAGAGAACAGUCUAUGACUAGGGUGGCUGGAGUCUUUGACAAUUUUUAGGACACCGCCUGGUAUAGAGGUCCUGGAUGGCAGGAAGCUUGGCUCCAGUGAUGUACUGGGCCGUACGCACUACCCUCUGUAGUGCCUUGCGGUCGGAGGCCGAGCAGUUGCCAUACCAGGCAGUGAUGCAACCAGUCAGGAUGCUCUCGAUGGUGCAGCUGUAGAACUAUUUGAGGAUCUGAGGACCCAUGCCAAAUCUUUUCAGUCUCCUGAGGGGGAAUAGGCUUUGACGUGCCCUCUUCACGACUGUCUUGGUGUAUUUGAACAAUGAUAGUUUGUUGGUGAUGUGAACACCAAGGAACUUGAAGCUCUCAACCUGUUCCAAUACAGCCCUGUCAAUGAGAAUGGGGGCGUGCUCAGUCCUCUUUUUUUUCCUGUACUCUACAAUCAUCUCCUUUGUCUUGAACACGUUGAGGGAGAGGUUGUUAUCCUUGCACCACACGGCCAGGUCUCUGACCUCCUCCCUAUAGGCUGUCUCAUCAUUGUCGGUGGUCAGGCCUACCACUGUUGUGUGGUUAGGGUUAGGGAUAGGGUUAGUGAUGGUGUUGGAGUCGUGCCUGGCCAUGCAGUCAUGGGUGAACAGGGAGUACAGGAGGGGACUGAGCACGCACCCCUGAGGGGCCCCUGUGUUGAGGAUCAGCGUGGCAGAUGUGUUGUUACCUACCCUUACCACCUGGGGGCGGCCCGUCAGGAAGUCCAGGAUCCAGUUGCAGAGGGAGGUGUUUAGUCCCAGGGUCCUUAGCUUAGUGAUGAGCUUUGAGGGCACUAUGGUGUUGAACGCUGAGCUGUAGUCAAUGAAUAGCAUUCUCACGUAGGUGUUCCUCUUGUCCAGGUGGGCAAGGGCAGUGUGGAGUGCAAUAGAGAUUGCAUCAUCUGUGGAUCUGUUGGGGUGGUAUGCAAAUUGGAGUGGGUCUAGGGUUUCUGGGAUAAUGGUGUUGAUGUGAGCCAUGACCAGCCUUUCAAAGCACUCCAUGGCUACAGACGUGAGUGCUACGGGUCGGUAGUCAUUUAGGCAGGUUAUCUUAGUGUUCUUGGGCACAGGGACUAUGGUGGUCUGUUUGAAACAUUUUGGUAUUAGAGACUCAGUCAGGGACAUGUUGAAAAUGUCAGUGAAGACACUUGCCAGUUGAUCAGCUAAUGCUCGGAGUAUGUGUCCUGGUAAUCCUUUUGGCCCUGCGGACUUGUGAAUCUUGACCUGCUUAAAAGUCUUACUCACAUCGGCUACGGAGAGCGUGAUCACAUAGUCAUCCAGAACAGCUGAUGCUCUCAUGCAUGCUUUAGUGUUGCUUGCCUCGAAGCGAGCAUAGAAGUGAUUUAGCUCGUCUGGUGGGCUCGUCUCACUGGGAAGCUCGCGGCUGUGCUUCCCUUUGUAGUCUGUAAUAGUUUGCAAGCCCUGCCACAUCCGACUAGCGUCGGAGCCAGUGUAGUACGAUUCAAUCUUAGUCCUGUAUUGACUCUUUGACUGUUUGAUGGUUCAUCGGAGGGCAUAGCGGGAUUUCUUAUAAGUGUCCGGGUUAGAGUCCCGCUCCUUGAAAGCAGCAGCUCUACCCUUUAGCUCAGUGCGGCUGUUGCCUGUAAUCCAUGGCUUCUGGUUGUGGUAUGUACGUACGGACACUGUGGGGACGACGUCAUCGAUGCACUUAUUGAUGAAGCCAGUGACUGAUGAGGUGUACUCCUCAAUGCCAUCGGUAGAAUCCUGGAACAUAUUCCAGUCUGUGCUAGCAAAACAGUCCUGUAGCUUAGUAUCUGCGUCAUCUGACCACUUCCUUAUUAACCGAGUCACUGGUGCUUCCUGCUUUAGUUUUUGCUUAUAAGCAGGAAUCAGGAGGAUAGAAUUAGGGUCAGAUUUGCCUAAUGGAGUGUGAGGGAGAGCUUUGUACGUGUCUCUGUGUGUGGAGUAAAGGUGGUCAAGAGUUUAUUUUCCUCUGGUUGCACAUUUAACAUGCUGGUAGAAAUUAGGACGAACGGAUUUAAGUUCCCCUGCAUUAAAAUCCCCGGCCACUAGGAGCGCUGCCCCUGUUUGCUUAUGGCCUUAUACAGCUCAUUGAGUGCAGUCUUAGUGCCAGCAUCAGUUUGUGCUGGUAAAUAGACAGCUACGAAUGUUCUUGCAGCGUUCCCAUGACACGUGUCUAUAACAUUAAUAUCUUAUGAUCUGAGAACAUGGCAGAACAUUAAUAUUGUAUAUUCUGAGACCUGGCAACCAUGUUCUGUGUAUGUUUGGAGGGACUUUAAUGUAAUAUUCCCUUAAGCCUCAGAAAACUUUACACAGAAAUGUUCUUGCAACGUCCAAUGAAACUUGCCUAGAACAUUAAUAUUGUUUAUUCUGAGAACAUGGCAGCCACGCUCUGGGUAUGUUCUGUUUGACAUUAAGGAAACGCUUUCCUAACUGCAAUGCCAAAACAUGCUAAAAAGGUUCUCCGAAGGUUUUUGCUAGCAUAGAUAGAAUGUUCCUCUAACUAACGGAUAACUGGACACUCAAACAUUAGGGGAACAUUACGGGUAACAUGACAAAAAAGUUAUCUCUCCCUAGAAUCGUUAGCUGGGCAUCAACUUGAUGUUGAUUGCUGAUGCACUUGCCAUACAUGCCAUGAUGAUAAUCUUGCUAGCUAGCUACAGCUACCCAACUAGCUAGCCUAAUAUAUUAUAUUAGCUUGAGAAGUAAGAAGCGGAAAUCAUAACAGAUAACUGUCUGUUUUCCUGCCUGCCUCUGUUUCUCACUCUUUGCCUUCCCCUCUACAUCAUCCCCAGGCAGAGUGUUCUACUCCAUGUCCAUGGAGAAGUUCACCUUUUACCAGGCAAUGGACCAGUGUGCCAAACUAGGGGCCAAGCUGGCCACCACAGGGCAGCUGUACCUGGCCUGGAAGGCUGGCAUGGAUGUGUGCAACGCAGGCUGGCUGGCAGAUAGAAGCGUCCGCUACCCUAUCAACAUCGCCAGGCCCCAGUGCGGUGGAGGACUACUUGGAGUGAGGACUGUGUACCUGUUCCCUAACCAGACAGGCUAUCCCUACCCAGACUCCCGCUACGACGCUAUCUGCUACGAAGGUAAGUGUAAAGAAAAGCGUCAAAAGGGAAUCACUUCCUUUUAAAGAAAAAAGGCAGUGUUGAAGGUGUAAUUGUGAAAUUAAUUUGGGUGUGUUAAAGCCAGAGUGAUUUCCAGUAACACAGAGUGUGGCUUUAACUUUUCCUGCUGCCAAUGGUCUAUUUCACAGAGGACGACGGUGUAGUCAAGACCACCCCGUUCCCAGAGGUGGCCACCAUCACAGCUGGCCCCAUGGUUUACCUGGGGCGUACCACCACCUCUGAGGCUGAGGCACAGGGGGAGGUUCUGACCCAAGCCCCCCUGGACACCACCAGCAUGGAACUGCCCUUACCCAUCCUCCCCAGUGUGAACGACACGUAUGCCAAGGUCACCCCGGUCGUGGGGGAAGAGAUCAUCAGCAGGGUGACAGCUAAACCUGAUAUGGCCUCCGAGUUCCCUCAUGACAAUGACAUUGCCAUGUCUCCUACAGGUUAGCAGAUUGUGCUGAUCAGCAUCAUGGCAGAAAUUGUUUCUAUUUUGCCGUAGUUGCCAUUUUCAUUUUCAAGCGAAAUAACACAAAUUCUGUGUUUGGUUCUGUCUGUCUCUUCCCUCCCCUAUCUCCCCUCUUUCUAUCUACCCCCUUAUCUUCCUACUCCUCCCUCCCUCCUUCCGUCUCUCACUAUAGGUGUAGUGUUCCACUACCGUGCUGGCUCCAGUCGCUAUGCCCUGUCCUUCAUGGAGGCCCAGCUGGCCUGUCAGAGUGUGGGUGCGGUCAUCGCCAGCUCUCAGCAGCUCCAGGCAGCCUACGAGGCAGGGCUCCACAACUGUGAUGCAGGCUGGCUUAGGGACCAGACCGUCAGGUGAGAUAGCCCUCUCAGUAGGGUUGUACAAUUCUGGUUUUACAGAAAUCCCGGUUGUAGGAUUCCUUCCCUGCAUAUUCCCUCAUGAUUGCAGACAUUCUCUGAUUGAGAUAUCUGAAAAACCUGGGAACUUUGGGGAUGUUUCCAGAAUUUUGAAACUCCACUUUCUAGUCUGUUUUACUGAAGAGGACCGAAGUAGAACUCCUUUGUUAACCAUCAAUCCUGACCAUUUCCCUUACCUGGAUAGUGACAGUUUGCUCUCUCCUGUGGUCAGGUACCCCAUCCUUUCUCCCAGAGAUAAGUGCUCAGGGAACCUGGAGCAUCUCCCGGGGGUGAGGUCCUACGGCCUGAGACCCGCUACCGAGCAAUACGAUGUCUACUGCUAUGUGGACCGCCUCAAGGGUCAGUUCAUGGCGCAUGGACCCUAUUCUUCUUCUUCUUCUUUGUCUUCUUUUUCUUCAGAGCUUAGCUUCAGAUGUUAAGUGAUUUCUUCUUCUUCUUCUUCUUCUCUACAGAGCUUAGCUUCAGAUAUUGAGAGAUUUCUUCUUCUUCUUCUUCUUCUUUUUCUUCUAUAGACUUCAGAUGUAAAGUGAACCAUCAAACAUGAUGGUGACUACUGAGUAAAACCUAGGGUGACCACAUUUAAAAUACCCAAAUGUGGUGACCCAAACUCGAUGAUUUUGAAUUACAUUUGCGGGACAGUGUAGCCUGCAUGAAUAAUUUUUUGGGGCAGCAUGCGGGACAAAAUGCGGGACUGUCCCACACAAUCCGGGACAUGUGGUCGCCCUAGUAAAACCACCUGCUCUCUCUUCUUCCUCAUCUCUCAGGGGAGCUGUUCUACACCAGCGACUAUGACAGCUUCUCCUACAAGGAGGCCAUGGCCCACUGUCAGAAGCUCAACACCACGCUAGCCACCACAGGGCAGCUCUAUGCUGCCUGGAAACAGGGCUUUGACAAGUGCCGUCCAGGCUGGCUGCAGGACCGCAGCGUCCGUUACCCCAUCCACACCCCUAGGCCCCACUGUGGAGGAGGCAAGGCUGGGGUACACACCAUCUACGCCUUCCCCAACCAGACGGGACACCCCGACCAGCACUCCAGAUACGACGCAUACUGCUUCAGAGGUAUGUAUGAGUUUGGAUCUGUUCAGAGUCAUCAAUAGGGUGGCUGUUAAAUCUCAAACUGAUUAAGCCCAAAUACAGCCACUGUUAAAAGCAUGAAAAUGAUAUUGUGUUGGUUUUCUUUGUUUUGUAGCUGAACAUACGAUUAUUCACACUGAAACCAGACUCAACGUUACUGUAGUUGUCGAGGAGGAAAUGAUCAACAUGACAACCAGAACGGACCAAUUGACUCUUGGUAAAAGAUCUCUAUAUUAAGUGGUCAACGGGUAUUUCUGUAUCACUGCUAGUAUUUCCUGUACAUUUAUCCUGCUGACUAUGCCAAACGUAACAGUAGAAUGAAAGAGAAUUACAUACUAGCAUGUUUGCCUCUGGUUAAAUCAAAAUGCAUAAGCUGUUUUCUAGUCAGAGUGUGUUAAUACUACAUGUUCUUUUUCCUUUGUUCGCUCUCUGUGGUUUUUCAGUGAGCCCCAUCAUACCACCUGUGGAUGUGUCUGGUUCAGGCUUAGCUGAGCAUUCUGCCAGUGGUUUUGGCAGUGAAACCCCUGGUAGCGGAGAUACAUUUGGUGGGGACAGUGGCGAGGGCUCUGGGUCUGGCUUCACAUUCGAGGGCAGUGGGCACAUCUUGUCAGGAGAGGGCUCUAGCUCUGGAGGUCUACAGGAGGCUGUAGAAGGGAGCACCACUGUCAUUUACCCCCCUGGAGUUGGGUCUGGGAAUAGUGGGUCCGGGGUGGGGGUGGGAGAGUUCAGCGGUGGGCAACUGUCCGGUGUCCUUCCCCACUCCGGUAGUGGCAGCGGGGUAUCUGGGGACCUGAGCGGUAGCGGGGACUCUGUCAUCAUCAUGGUGAACGGAGAGAUGGUGGACAUCUCCAAGCAGCAGCCCACUGGACAGGAGUUUGGACAAGGAGGUGUGGAUGUCAGUGGCUCCAGUGGAGUUUCUGGAUCGGGUGGCUUCUUCAGUGGGGAUGUGACCAGCACCUCUGGCUCUGGACUUCCCGACAUAUCUUUUGAGCAUUCAGGUCUCAUCGACCUGACCGAGAAGUCCUCGGGAGAGCAGGAGGUCUCUGGCUACCAGCCCUUCGCCUCCGGUUAUCCUUACGGUUUUCACAGCGGCUCUGGAUUCCCAUCCAGUGGUGACGGAUCCCACUCAGGCCAUGAGGUUAUCUUCCUGACAGAAGAUGGGAUGAUGGAGGUGACAACACGACAGCGUCCAGAGCAGGGCCGGGGCUACAUAGAGGUCAGUGGAGACGGCAGUAGCCACCAUGAAGGGAGCACCUCAGCCAGUGGGCUCUCCCUGGGGGAGUCAAUGGUCGCAGAAGGCCUGUCUGUGGUGUUGCCCCCUGGUUCUACCAUGACUUACCCAGAGUAUAUCGGAAACACGGGAAGAGGGGAUGACCUGGACCUGGUGCAGGAAGGCCAGGAGCACGAAGGCCAGGAGCACGAAGGGCAGGAGCAAGAAGGGCUGGAAGGGCCCACGGAGACAAUCAAUGUCACGGCACCGUCUGCAGUCUUCUCUAGCCCAACAACAGCACCCGCCAAUACAAUGGUGACCCCUGCUGUGGUGGAGGAGCCUGCUGUAGUUGAUGGUAAGUUGCUUAAAGGAAUAGUACCACGAUAUUUAAUAAUUUGGUCAUAUCUUACCUUAGAAGUGUUCUAUAGGCCAUUGGUUACAGCAUCUACGAUAAGCCAUUGUUUACUUUGCUUCAUCCACCAUAUGCUAACAGCUAAUGAACAAUGUCCCCUGGUAAGCAUAUUGUCUAAAUCAACCCAUUAUUUUCUGACCCUGCCUCUUUCUAGCUGAUCCUGACCGUUGUGAGCCUAACCCGUGUGGCACAGGCACCUGUUCUGUGCAGGAUGGCAUUGCUGUGUGCCAAUGCCCACAUGGAUUCACUGGAGAGGACUGCAGCACAUGUGAGUCCCAGUGACAACACUAUGUGUUACAAUAUGUAUUCACGUGAUUACAAGCCCACAUAUCUAUUAUAGACAUUUCACUCAACAUUCCCGGUAUCAAUAUUUUGUUAUUUUUGUACUUACAUGCAAAUUAAAGUUCCAUGUCCAACAACGUAUACCGUUACAGGCAUAGGCGGCGUGUGAGUCUCAAACUAUGUUUUUCCGCGAUUGUAUUUUGAAAUAUUGCGAUAUGGCUGGCUGGACCUUUCACUGACAUUCGCAAGUCAACGAUCAUCUACACUCUUAAAAACAAAGGUGCAAAAAUAAAGGUAAUGUUCUUGAGAGCGAUGCCAUAGGGGAACCAUUUUAGGGUCUCUGAAGAACCAUAAAUGGGAUGGUUCUUUGAAGAACCAUACAAAAAUCCAAAACCAGAAAUGUUUCGGCCCUCCAGGACCGGAAUUGAAUAGCCCUGUCGUAGGGUUUUAAGCAUUUGCAUAUUUCCCAGGGUGCCUUUCGAUUGAAUUUUAGAGUUACCAGUACCACCCAUGACUGUGUUUUCUAGUGACAGAGACAAGUGAAUAUGUUGUCAUUAAUUUUAUUAUUCAAGUAUUUCAUAAGGCCUUAUUUUGAGGGCCUAGUUUUAACUUAAUACAGUGGCCUGAAACUCAUAGUUUACAGUCCACAUCAGUCCUGCAAGUCACGUUGUGCUGGCUUGCAAAGUGAUGCAUAAUUCCUAUUGGAAUCCAGCCAGAGUGGGGAUAUCCGACAUUUUGAAUUUUUAUUCACCCGCAACCUACAUUCAAAAUGACUGCCAGGGUUGGGAAGACUAAGAUAUAAGACUACCCUAAACAUCUAAACUGGGACAACCAUUUCAGUAAUGGGUGCAUUAAGUCCAAGUAACAGAUUGGAAUAGUUUAGAAAAAUGUACGUUAUUUCUGUACAUUUGAGUAGCAUAAGAUUAAUGAAUGAAUCAAUAAACAAAAAUAUAAAUACAACAUGUAACAAUUUCAACGAUUUUACUGAGCUACAGUUCAUAUAAGGAAAUCGGUCAAUUGCAAUAAAUUAAUUAGGCCCUAAUCUAUGGAUUUCACAUGACUGGGCAGGGGCGGAGCCAUUGGUGGGCCAACGGGCAUAGUCCCACCCACUUGGGAGGCAGGGCCACCCACUGGGGAGUCAGGUCCAGCCAAUCAGACUUAAUUUUUCCCCACAAAAGGACUUUAUUACAAACAGAAAUACAAUAGUUUCAUCAGCUGUCCGGGUGGCUGGUCUCAGACGAUCCCGCAGGUGAAGAAGCCGGAUGUGGAGGACCUGAGCCUACAUGGUUACACGUGGUCUGCGGUUGUGAGGCCGGUUGGAAGUACUGCCAAAUUUUCUAAAACGACGUUGGAGGCGACUUAUGGUAGAGAAAUUAACAUUAAAUUCUCUGGCAACAGCUCUGGUGGACAUUCCUGCAGUCAGCAUGCAAAUUGCACGCUCCCUCAAAACUUCAGACAUCUGUGGCAUUGUGUUGCGUGACAAAACUGCAUGCAUUUUAGAGUGGCCUUUUAUUGUCCCCAGCACAAGGUCACCUUGUGUAAUGAUCAUGCUGUUUAAUCAGCUUCUUGAUAUGCCACACCUGUCAGGUGGAUGGAUUAUCUUGGCAAAUAAGAAAUGCUCACUAACAGGGAUGUAAACAAAUUUGUGCACAAAAUUUGAGCAAAAUAUGUUUUUUGUGCGUAUGGAACAUUUCUGUGAUCUUUUAUUUCAGCUCAUGAAACAUGGGACGAACACUUUACAUGUUGCAUUUAUAUUUUUGUUCAGUAUACAUGCAAAGACAUAGUGAAACAAACAAUUUAAAAAAUCAAUCUGCAAUAGAGCAUGCUAGGAAAUAUGAUAAUGAUGGGCGUGGUUUUGGUUCAAUUCUGGUUAUUAACACCAACACAGGGGUUAUUUUACACCACUGAGUGAUAAUUCAAGUUUUUACAGUGUUCAUUUAACUAUUGAAUCAGCACAAAAAAUGUUAUACAAAAAAAAAUCUACAUUAGUUAACCCUUGCCAAUUUUCUGUGUGCCAUGAAAGUGACACAUCUGCAGGCUUCCAUAAAUUUCAAUAAGCUCUUAGAAUUCUGAAGAACCGUAGGUGCCACAUCAAGAACCCCACACUUAACUCAAAGGUUCUUCAUCAUGGAAGAGUUCUCCAUGGACCCUUAAAAGAGCCAUUUCAGAACAUUUAUUUUCUUUAGGUGUAUUUGGUAUUUGCCGUGUGCGCUGCCCAAAUUGUGAGCCCUUCCGACAGACUAUGCGAUUUAAAACAAUCCACAGCUUAUUUUUUUUAAAUAAGCUAAUGAUCCUAUGAUCCUCCAAAUCAUGCUUUCUGGUCUUAUGAAUGAUUUUAGGUAUUUCUGUAUAGACAAGAGUAGGCUAAUUAGGCUAUAUAAUUUUGACUCUAACCCGGACGCUUAUAAGAAAUCCCGCUAUGACCUCCGACGAACCAUCAAACAGGCAAAGAGUCAAUACAGGUCUAAGAUUGAAUCAUACUACACUGGCUCUGACGCUCGUCGGAUGUGGCAGGGCUUGAAAACUAUUACAGACUACAAAGGGAAGCACAGCCGCGAGCUGCCCAGUGACACAAGCCUACCAGACGAGCUAAACCACUUCUAUGCUCGCUUCGAGGCAAGCAACACUGAAGCAUGCAUGAGAGCACCAGCUGUUCCGGACGACUAUGUGAUCACGCUCUCCGUAGCCGAUGUGAGUAAGACUUUUAAGCAGGUCAACAUUCACAAGGCCGCAGGGCCAGACGGAUUACCAGGACGUGUACUCCGAGCAUGUGCUGACCAACUGGCAAGUGUCUUCACUGACAUUUUCAACAUGUCCCUGACUGAGUCUGUAAUACCAACAUGUUUCAAGCAGACCACCAUAGUCCCCGUGCCCAAGAACUCUAAGAUAACCUGCCUAAAUGACUACCGACCUGUAGCACUGACGUCUGUAGCCAUGAAGUGCUUUGAAAGACUGGUCAUGGCUCACAUCAACAGCAUAAUCCCAGAAACCCUAGACCCACUCCAAUUUGCAUACCGCCCCAACAGAUCCACAGAUGAUGCAAUCUCUAUCGCACUCCACACUGCCCUUUCCCACCUGGACAAGAGGAACACCUACGUGAGAAUGCUAUUCAUUGACUACAGCUCAGCAUUCAACACCAUAGUGCCCUCUAAGCUCAUCACUAAGCUAAGGAUCCUGGGACUAAACACCUCCCUCUGCAACUGGAUCCUGGACUUCCUGACGGGCCGCCCCCAGGUGGUAAGGGUAGGUAACAACACAUCUGCCACACUGAUCCUCAACACGGGGGCCCCUCAGGGGUGCGUGCUCAGUCCCCUCCUGUACUCUCUGUUCACCCAUGACUGCAUGGCCAGGCACGACUCCAACACCAUCAUUAAGUUUGCCGACGACACAACAGUGGUAGGCCUGAUCACCGACAACGAUGAGACAGCCUAUAGGGAGGAGGUCAGAGAUCUGGCCGUGUGGUGCCAGGACAACAACCUCUCCCUCAACGUGACCAAGACAAAGGAGAUGAUUGUGGACUACAGGAAAAAAAAGAGGACUGAGCACGCCCCCAUUCUCAUCGACGGGGCUGUAGUGGAACAGGUUGAGAGCUUCAAGUUCCUUGGUGUCCACAUCACCAACGAACUAUCAUGGUCCAAACACACCAAGACAGUCGUGAAGAGGGCACGACAAAGCCUAUUCCCCCUCAGGAGACUAAAAAGAUUUGGCAUGGGUCCUCAGAUCCUCAAAAAAUUCUACAGCUGCACCAUCGAGAGCAUCCUGACUGGUUGCAUCACCGCCUGGUAUGGCAACUGCUUGGCCUCUGACCGCAAGGCACUACAGAGGGUAGUGCGUACGGCCCAGUACAUCACUGGGGCAAAGCUCCCUGCCAUCCAGGACCUCUAUACCAGGCGGUGUCAGAGGAAGGCCCGCAAAAUUGUCAAAGACUCCAGCCACCCUAGUCAUAGACUGUUCUCUCUGCUACCGCACGGCAAGCGGUACCGGAGUGCCAAGUCUAGGUCCAAAAGACUUCUCAACAGCUUCUACCCCCAAGCCAUAAGACUCCUGAACAGCUAAUCAUGGCUACCCGGACUAUUUGCACUGCCCCCCCACCCCAUCCUUUUUACGCUGCUGCUACUCUGUUAAGUAAGUAUUUAUGCAUAGUCACUUUAACUCUACCCACAUGUACAUAUUACCUCAACUACCUCAACUAGCCGGUGGCCCCGCACAUUGACUCUGCAACGGUACCCCCCUGUAUAUAUAGCCUCCCUACUGUCACUUUAUUUUACUGUAUAUAUAGCCUCCCUACUGUCACUUUAUUUUACUUCUGCUCUUUUUUUCUCAACACUUUUUUUGUUGUUGUUUUAUUCUUACUUUUUUGUUUAAAAUAAAUGCACUGUUGGUUAAGGGCUGUAAGUAAGCAUUUCACUGUAAUGUCUGCACCUGUUGUAUUCGGCGCAUGUGACCAAUACAAUUUGAUUUGAUUUGAUUUGAUUUGAUUUGUCAAUUUAAUUCAAUUUACUUUAGGGGAAGCUUAGCUAGCCUUAUGGUAGCGCCGCCUAUGGUUAUAGCUAGCCUUAUGGUAGCGCCGCCUAUGGUUACAGCUAGCCUUAUGGUAGCGCCGCCUAUGGUUACAGCUAGCCUUAUGGUAGCGCUGCCUAUGGUUACAGCUAGCCUUAUGGUAGCGCCGCCUAUGGUUACAGCUAGCCUUAUGGUAGCGCCGCCUAUGGUUACACCUAGCCUUAUGGUAGCGCCGCCUAUGGUUACAUCUAGCCUUAUGGUAGCGCGCCUAUGGUUACAGCUAGCCUUAUGGUAGCGCCGCCUAUGGUUACAGCUAGCCUUAUGGUAGCGCCGCCUAUGGUUACAGCUAGCCUUAUGGUAGCGCCGCCUAUGGUUACAGCUAGCCUUAUGGUAGCGCCGCCUAUGGUUACAGCUAGCCUUAUGGUAGCGCCGCUAUGGUUACAGCUAGCCUUAUGGUAGCGCCGCCUAUGGUUACAGCUAGCCUUAUGGUAGCGCCGCCUAUGGUUACAGCUAGCCUUAUGGUAGCGCCGCCUAUGGUUACAGCCUAGCCUUAUGGUAGCGCCGCCUAUGGUUACAGCUAGCCUUAUGGUAGCGCCGCCUAUGGUUACAGCUAGCCUUAUGGUAGCGCCGCCUAUGGUUAAAGGGGAGGGGGAGGGUUGUAUGAAUUAAAUAAAAAGCCAACAUUCUACAGUAAAUUUGUGAAUGUGUCUAUCUGUUUGUGUGCAGCAGCGCAGGGCUGUGCCGAGGGCUGGGCGGAGUUCAUGGGGAGCUGCUACCUGCACUUUCUUGAGAGAGACACCUGGCCCGAUGCUGAGCAGCGCUGCCAAGAGCUCAACUCCCACCUGGUCAGCAUCACCUCCCAACAGGAGCAGGAGUUUGUCAACUGUGAGUAUAGAUAUAGGAUGUGUGCAAAUGUGUGUGUGUAUGUGUGUGCAAGCGUGUGUGUGUACGUAUUCUUUAUUGUCUUAGUUGUGAAGUUUGUGUGUGUGUGCAUGCACGCGCGUGUGUCAUUUAUUUUUCGCACAAACAUAGAACAUAUUUGAUACGUACUGUACAUGACAGCUCAAUGUUCUCUUUUCAUUUUUCCAUAUAGCUAACGCUCAGGACUAUCAGUGGAUUGGACUCAAUGACAAGGACGUGCAGAAUAAGUUCCGCUGGACAGAUGGGAGUCCAUUGGUGAGUUUUUUGUUUUAUACCAGUUCAGGUAUCCCCUACUCUGGUCCCCUACUUUACUUUACUGUACUUUACUUUUUUUGUAAAUUAUAUUUUACAUUAUUAUUAUUUAUAUUAAUAUUAAAUUACCAUUUGACUUGUUAAUUCUAUUUGAUCCUACUUUCUAAUCAAAUGGUCCUGUGUUGAUGUCUUCGCAUGCAGGAAUUUGAGAACUGGAGGCCCAACCAGCCAGAUAACUACUUUAACUCUGGAGAGGACUGUGUAGUGAUGAUCUGGCAUGAGAACGGCCAGUGGAACGAUGUUCCCUGCAACUACCACCUGCCCUUCACCUGCAAGAGUGAACCUGGUAGGGAGCAGGGGUUGAGGGUCAGAGGGCACAGAACAUGAAUUGGGUCAGCUGUCUGUGACUGAGCCAACAGGACAGAGAAAUAGCACUAGGCUUGCUUUUUGGAAAAUAGGGAUGUCCGGGGGGGACUAUGCACAAAUAAGGGUUCAUCAGGUGUUAAAUUAAGUGUUAAACGUGUUCAAACUGUGAGUCUUAAAAUGAAUUGGUACCCCUAAAAACACUAUUGUUGGUCCAGCUCACUAUUUGUAGGGCACAACAAAGAGUCAAUGUAUCAUUGGGUUCCCGAGUGGCGCAGCGGUCUAAGGCACUGCAUUUCAGUGCUAGAGGUGUCACUACAGACCCUGGUUUGAUUCCAGGCUGUAUCACAAUCCGGCUGUGGUUGGGAGUCCCAUAGGGCGGCGCACAAUUGGCCCAGCGUCGUCCGGGUUUGGCCGAGGUAGGCCAUCAUUGUAAAUAAGAAUUGGUUCUUAACUGACUUGCCUAGUUGAAAAAGUUAAUAAAAUCCAGAUUUUAUCAACAUCAUUGGAAACAGAUAGACAGAUCUUUUGAGAUAAUUUCCUUAGCUAAUUCCUCUGGUUUUCCCUUUCUUCCCAGUCAUGUGCCAUUCACCCCCUGAGGUGGACAACGCCAGGCCAAUGGGCAGCAGAAGAGACCGCUACCCCGUCAACUCUAUAGUCCGCUACCAGUGUGACGCAGGCUUCACACAGCGCCACCCACCUGUUGUACGCUGCCUUCCCGACGGGCGGUGGAAGGAGCCACAAGUGGAGUGUAUAGGAUGUGAGUCUAACCUUUCUUGUUUAAUCUAUCGUGUCUCGUCCACGUCUGUCAACUCUGAUUUAAAACCUCAGCCCCCAGAGUCAAUCGAGUAGCUAGAUAGCACACACAAGAUAGUUUCUGGGUUCCGAGAUUAGCGUCUACUAACCUUGCAGAUGACAUCAUACAUACUUACAGAGUAACAACACAAAAAGAGAUACAACAUUCACAAGCUUGAGAAAUAUAGACAUCUCUAGGGAAACAAGGCAAUAACAUUAAAGUAUAGUAAAGUAGGUGAGAUAUGAGACACUAUGGCAGGCACAUUUUUAUCUGGACCUCGAAGCAAGUUCCACUUCUGACACCCACCUGGUGUCCCAACUCUAAAUCAAGGACUGAUUUAGAGUUGGGACACCAGGUGGGUGCAAUUAAUUAUCAGGUAGAAGAGAAAACCAGCAGUACUCCGGACAUCCAGGCUCAGUUUUGAAUACCCCUGCACUUUGGAAUUUCCUUAUUCUUUAUCUUUGAUGGUUAUUCAGCAAUGUUUUAAUGAUGUCAUCAACAUGUGCCUCUCUCUCCCUCAGCUGGUGCCACCCCCAGCAACAGACUACACAAGAGGUCCAUCAGGAGACGGUUGAAAGCACCCAACAGUUGGUCUUGGCGGAAGCUUCUCUAAGCAGGACUGAAGGGACACACUAAAAGAGAACCAAAUUGACCGCUCUUGUAAAGAAACAUUGAUACUAAAUGCCAUUUUGCCUGACCAAAAAAAGAUAACGUUCCCACCAGGGGUGGAAAUGGGGAAAAGUUACUUUGAGAACCCACCAAUGUAAAAUCCUUGAAUUCACCUAUAGCUCAUUUUUACAUGUCAAAAUGAUUGAAUUCCCCCAUUUCCACCCCGGAUUCCCACCAUGUAUAUAGAUAAACACCAAAGCACAUUAGACAGGAUUUUAUAGUCCGACUGACAAUGUUGAUCUCUGAGUGUCACUCUGUGCCUUUGUGGGGGGUAUUUGGGCAGUGGUUCUCAACCUGGGGUACUAGUAACCCUGGGGGUACCGGGCCUAUCCACAGGGGGUACUUGGGAAGACUCAAAUAGGUAUAAUUGAGGGGAUACUUUGUGCAGAGCAUUAUGGAUUUGAUUCCGACUUAAGAAAUUAUGCUUUUCUUAUGCACGCCUAUCCCAUGCACUUCUCAGUAGUUGGUGUUCAGACUUACCUUAUAAAGGUGCGUAAUGGAGUUUGCAGGCGUGGUUCCCUUGCGCGCAAAAAAUAUAUUGAUGAAUAAAAAAUACAGUGGUUUGAUUCAUCCUGAAAGUUGUCAUAUUCAAGUUCAAUCCAUGAAAUAUUGGAAGGUGGAAAAAAGUGUACAAUAAGGGUUGAACAAUAGUACUGUAAAUCUACCCUAAUCCUUACUAAUCAUGGAACUGUAUGACAACGGUCCAGUCGUUAUGAACCGUUCGCCAAGCUCCAGGUUUAACCUGCUAAGUGUGGUCUGAGUUCCAUAAUGAUUCAAUUUGUCCCAAAUUAUUGCACAACGUUAUAUGAUCCACUAAUGCUAGCGACCCUCAGGAACAGCUUACACGGACGUGACGGAGGAAAUACAGUUUAACAGAAUGGAAUGGAAUGAUGCAAAAUGUAAGCUACAAAUUGAAGAAAACUAACACUAAAGUGACAGUUAUAAAUGUAUGUGGGUAUUACUGACGGUGGCCCCCUAUAGUGGCGAAUAUUUAACAUUACACAUUUUUUUUAUAAAACGGAGAAAAGCCCGGGCAUAGGCUAUAAUUAAAACAUUCUAAAGGGCAUACAUCAACUCGGUAGGUUCAGCCCCACAGAAGCCUAUAGCUUGGGUGUCCAAAUUUCAUCCACGCAAAUUAUGAGGGUACACAAUAAAAACAAAUCUGAAUAACGGCAUAGCUAUUUAUACACUCUUAGAAAAAAAGGGUCCUAAAAGGGUUCUUCGGCUGUCCCCAUAGGAUAACCCUUUUUGGUUCCAGUUAGAACCCUUUUUGGUUCCAGGUAGAACCCUGGAACCCCACAUUUUUUCAAAGGGUACUCGUAUGGGGACAGCCGAAGAACCCUUUUAGGUUCUAGAUAGCACCUUUUUUCUAAGAGUGUAGCCUAUUUCACUGUGGAAAACGGCCGCAAUACAUUUCAUGUUGAUAUGAUUUUCAGGGAUCAUAAGGAAAAAACAUCUAAAACAAUUGCUAUGUGCAUCUACAACCCCCUUCUCCAAAUGGAUUACUCAUUUACCUAGCUCUUAUCAAUAGCUCUUAUACAUUUAUAAAUUACAGUGCAUGGAGAAUGGUGUUAUUUCUAUCGGAAAAAAGUAGAUGCUUUUCCCACUUGGAACCAACAGGUUCGCUCGAAUUUAUUCAUGGUUUCCUAGCGCGUAAAGGUAAGGGAAUUAAGUCAAGGUCAGAAUACGGUUUAUCUGUAGAUCUCUAGCCAGAACGAAUAGCGGGUGAAUAGCAUGCUAUCCUCAUUCUUAAAUUCAAGGUCAGAAUACGCAUAGAGAGAACAGUGCAUGAAAAGGGAAUUACGUUUCAUUUACACGCGCUUAACUCAGGUCGGAAUCAGGGCCUAAGUGAAUCGGGGUACAGUUACCAAAAAAGGUUGAGAACCACUGAUACAGGGGAAUAUGGGUAGGUUCAUCUUCUGUCAGAAUCAUUUGGGAGGUUCAUUGGUUUAUGGCUGUGUUCAGCCAUUGGAGUCUUUUGAUUGGGUGGUAGAUAGUUUUGGUCCCUCCUCUAUUAUACUCUGACCAGGGUGGAAGGUGUGACUCAAAGAGAUGCUGGAGGGGUCAAUAAAAAUGAAUGGAUAGUAUUAUUUAUUUGGGGAGUCCCAUCUGAAUGGAGUGGGAAAGAAACAUCCCUCCCCCAAGGCACUAGAGUGACACUGAAAGUCAAGAACAGAGUAAAAAAAGUGUUUAGGAUUGCAGCUAGAUACUCUGAAGUCAAGCACAUUAUUAUUUUUUCUUAGUUUAUGUUUGAUAAUUAGCUUUUUUUAUAUAGUGUUGGACCUUAGGACCAAAUAGGGAACAACUCCUAUAUGUGAAGAAAAGAGACAGAAAGAGCAAUGUUUGUCUGUUUCGGAAUGUCGAACAGAGUACCUCCAACUCUGUAUGAUAAUGAUACAGUAUUGUGCUCUCAUCCUGGAUCUUUGGGCUAUUUUCGGCACCAAAAAAUUCAGAACACAGAGAUGGAAAGAGGGCACACUUGCCACAAAGCCUGUUUUAGCAUUAAGAAGAGAAAAAUGACUACUUCAGAAAUGGGGAUAGUCCUCAAUCGCGAUGCCCAUGCUGUCACAGAAGCGAUCAAUGGCAAAGAUAGGCUCUCUUUUCAUCUCCAUGCUUCAGAACCAUCUGGUGAAAAUACGAUCGAUACAACUGUAGAAGAGUUGGCUACAGCACAUACACUAUGGGAACAUGCUGGCGUCCGACAAUCUAUGUGACCUUACAAUCCAUGUGCUCAUAAACAGAUGAGUUUGUGUUUGUCUGUUUAUUUCUCACUGUGAAUUCUCUCAAACUACGCUUUUGAUAUCAGACAUCAAGCAUUUUGAUUGAUGAAUAAACAGGGCCUUUGUUUUCCAUUUAUCUUAUUCACAACCCCAAGUCCCCUUGUGUGCAGGAAGGGAAUUAUGAGGGGUUGAAUUGGUACUGAAGCACAUAAAAAUGAAUUGACACCAGUAGCAUAACAAGCUGUGAAGGCACAAGGUUAGAGAAGGAGGAGUUAGAGGAUAUGUUAAGUUGACGAGGAUCCUUUUGGGUCGAAUCAUGUUUAACGUUUGGGGAGCAGUGUCCAUACUCAAGCUCCCCUCCCACCCGACUCAUGCACAUUCAACAAACACACUCAACACAACACAAUACUCUCACACAUCGGAAGUGAUUUCAACGUUUGAUGAAUGGUUGAAUGGUUUCUGGGUGUCUCAGUGUAGAGGGAUGUCACACACACAGACACACACACACACACAGACACACACACACACACAGACCACACACACACACACACACAACACACACACAACACAAGACACACACACACACACACAACACAGACACACACACACACACAGACACACAACACACACACCACACACACACACACACACAGACACACACACACACACAGACCCACACAAACACACACAGACACACCACCACACACAGAACACACACACACAACACACAACACACACACACACACACAGACACACACACACACACAGACAACACACACACACACAGACACACACACACACACACAGCACACACACAGACACACACAGACACGACACACACACACACAACACCACAACACACACACACACAGACACACACACCCACACACACACACACACAGACACACACACACACAACAGACACACACACACACACACAUGACACACACACACAGACACACACACACAGACACACACACACACACACACAGACACACACACACACACAGACACACACACACACAGACACACAACACAACACCAGACACACACACCACACACAGACCACACACACACACACACACACAACACACACACACACACACCACACACACCGACACACACAACACACAACACACACACACACAGACACACACACACACACAGACACACACACACAGACACACACACACAGACACACACACACAGACACACACCACACACAGAUCACACACACACACAGACACACACACACACAGACACACACACACACAGACACACACACACACAGACACAACCCACACACAGACACACACACACAGACACACACAGACACACCACACACACACCAGACACACACACACACACACCAGACACACACACACAACAGACACACACACACACAGACACACACACACACAGACACACACACACACACACACACACACACACACACACACACACAGACACACACACACACACACACACACACACACAGCACCACCACCAUCAGGCCUUAAAAAAUAAACAAGACUGACACACAUAUCACAGAUAAUUGUGUGAGAACUGUAUAGUGUCUAUGUGUGUAUGAGAGAGAAAGUAUGGGUGUGUCCAUGCACGUGAGUAUAAAGUGUGUGUGUGUGUGUGUGUGUGUGUGUGUGUGUGUGUGUGUGUGUGCGUGUGUGUUGAAUGAGUGUUUGAGCACAAAGAACAUAGAUACAUGUGAUAAUGUUUAUACAGUGUGUGACAUUCUAAUAAUUGAUUUGGAUGUAAACAAGUAUCAAAUAAAAUCUGAAAUCGUCUGUUUCUGUUCAGUAACUACAGUAUAUAAGACAUUAAAAAGGUAGUGUGCUGCAAUUAUGAUUGAAUGUAUCCAAGUUAUCUUUGAUUUAGGUAUUGUAUAUAUGUUUAUCGUAUUAUACAUUGUAUACUGUGAAUAUCAUAUGGCAAUAUUGUAAAAACCUUAAUCCAACACCUAGUAACCUUGACAAGGGGUUCUGAUCUUUUGGCAUAACAGGUAAGGUAUUGAGUUGGUGGACCCAGUCACUGGACCCAGCUUCCAGUCCAGGUUGGGGCUAUCCUCCCAAAUUCACUGCAAUAUGUAGCUACAGUAUUAAGAAAUUAUAAAAGGUGAAGUACUGUGAGGGUCUGUGCAUGCAGUAUACUAGAGCAGGGGUUCUCAAACUUUUGGGGGCCAGUACCCCUUUUGUGACAGCAAAUUCAUCAUUCAUAAUCAGAACACAACUCGAGUGAGAUUAAAAAAAAAUUGCAUAGUGCAUGGCCGGACGAACCAAGUCUCAGGCCCUGGGAAGGAACAUUUCAAAGGCCCCCGUCUUGGCAUCAGAGAGAAAAUUGUGCAGUUUUCAAGCUAAUUUCCUGUAAUUCUACAGAUUUUGUCAUGGGGUAGAGAGAAAACUCUGCAGUGCAUUUAUGUCAAAUAAUUUUUGGGAGAAUACAAUACGUUUUGAGUUGAAAAAUGUAGAAUUGGUGGAGUACUGUGGAUGGCAAUCUCCCUGAGAGACUCCCAGGCCCAUGUUGCCCAGGGUUAAGAACAUAAAUUGUAGAUUAACAAUAUUACAUGUUAUUGUAUUACACACUCUAAACUUAUUCCACGGAUCCCUUGGCAAAAAUUAGUUUAACCUGUUGUUGUUAGUAAUAUUCAUAAAAAAAUAAAAAAUAAAACAUCUAUAUACACUACAUUACCAAAAGUAUGCGGACACCUGCUCGUCAAACAUCUCAUUCCAAAAUCAUGGGCAUUAAUAUGGAGUUGGUCCCUCCUUUGCUGCUAUAACAGCCUCCACUUUUCUGGGAAGGCUUUCCACUAGAUGUUGGAACAUUGCUGCGGGGAAUUGCUUCCAUUCAGCCACAAGAGCAUUAGUGAGGUCGGGUACUGAUGUUGGGCGAUUAGGCCUGGCUCGCAGUCGGCUUUCCAAUUGAUCCCAAAGGUGUUCGAUGGGUUUGAGGUCAGGGCUCUGUGCAGGCCACUCAAGUUCUUCCACACCGAUCUCGACAAACCAUUUCUGUAUGGACCUAGUGUCACACCCUGAUCUGUUUCACCUGUCUUUGUGAUUGUCUCCACCCCCCUCCAGGUGUCACCCAUCUUCCCCAUUAUCCCCAGUGUAUUUAUACCUGUGUUCUCUAUUUGCCAGUUCGUUUUGUUUUGUCAAGUCUACCAACGUUUUUCCCCUUGCUUCUGUCUUUCUCAAGUUCCUGUUUUCCAGUUUUCCAGGUUUUGACCAUUCUGCCUGCCCUUACCUUGAGCCUGCCUGCCGUUCUGUACCUUGUCACACCACCCUGGAUUAUUGACCUCUACCUGCCCUGACCCUGAGCAUGCCUGGCGUUCUGUACCUUUUGGACUCUGAUCUGGAUUACUGACCUCUGCCUGCCCUUGACCUGUCGUUUGCCUUCCCCGUUUUUGUAAUAAACUUUUUACUUCGAUAGUGUCUGCAUCUGGGUCUUCUCCUGAAACGUGAUACCUAGAUUUGUGCAUAGGGGCGUUGUCAUAUUGAAACAGGAAAGGGCCUUCCCCAAACUGUUGCCACAAAGUUGGAAGCGCAGAAUCGUCUAGAAUGUCAUUGUAUGCUUUAGCGUUAAGAUUUCCCUUCACUGGAACUAAGGGUCCUAGUCCGAACCAUGAAAAACAGCCCCGACCAUUAUUCCUCCUCCACCAAACUUUACAGUUGGCACUAUGUAUUAGGGCAGGUAGCGUUCUCCUGGCAUCCGCCAAACCCAGAUUCGUCCGUUGGACUGCCAGAUGGUGAAGCGUGAUUCAUCACUCCAGAGAAUGUGAUUCCACUGCUCCAGAGUCCAAUGGCGUCGAGGUUUACACCAUUGCGCAUGGGGAUCUUAGGCUUGUGUGCGGAUGCUCAGCCAUGGAAACCCACUUCACAAAGCUCCCGACGAACAGUUAUUGUGCUGACGUUGCUUCCAGAGGCAGUUUGGAUCUCGGUAGUGAGUGUUGCAACUGAGGACAGAUGAUUUUUACGCACUACGCACUACAGCACUUGGUAGUCCCGUUCUGUGAGCUUGUGUGGCCUACCACUUCACGGCUGAGCCGUUGUUGCUCCUAGACGUUUCCACUUCACAAUAACAGCACUUACAGUUGACCGGGGCAGCUCUAGCAGGGCAGAAAUUUGACAAACUGACUUGUUGGAAAGAUGGCAUCCUAUGACGGUGCCAAGUUGAAAGUCACUGAGCUCUUCAGUAAGGCCAUUCUAUUGUCAAUGUUUGUCUAUGGAGAUUGCAUGGCUGUGUGCUCGAUUUUAUACACCUGUCAGCAACGGGUGUGGCUGAAAUAGCCGACUCCACUAAUUUGAAGGAGUGUCCACAUACUUUUGUAUAUACAGUGCAUUCGGGAAAGUAUUCAGACCCCUUAACCUUUUCCACAUUUUGUUAUGUUACAAACUUAUUCUAAAAUUGAUAAAUAUUUUUUCCCUCAUCAAUCUACACACAAUACCCCAUAAUGACAAAGUGAAAACAGGUUUUUAGAAAGUUUUUGCAAAUUUAUUAAAAAAAAAUUAACAGAAAUAUCUUAUUUAUAUGAGUAUUCAGACCCUUUGCUAUGAGACUAGAAAUUGAGCUCAGGUGCAUCCUGUUUCCACAGAUCAACCUUGAGAUGUUUCUUCAACUUGAUUGGAGUCCACCUGUGGUAAAUUCAAUUGAUUGGACAUGAUUUGGAAAGGCACACAUGUCUAUAUAAGGUCCCACAGUUGACAGUGCAUGUCAGAGCAAAAAACCAAGCCAUGAGGUUGAAGGAAUUGUCUGUAGAGCUCUGAGACAGAAUUGUGUCGAGGCACAGAUCUGGGGAAGGGUUACCAAAACAUUUCUGCAGCAUUGAAGAUCCCCAAGAACACAGUGGCCUCCAUCAUUCUUAAACGGAAGAAGUUUGGAGCCACCAAGACUCUUCCUAGAGCUGGCCCCCCGGCAAAAUUGAGCAAUCGGGGGAGAAGGGCCUUGGUCAGGGAGGUGACCAAGAACCCGAUGGUCACUCUGACAGAACUCCAGAGUUAUUCUGUGGAGAUGGGAGAACCUUCCAGAAGGACAACCAUCUAUGCAGCACUCCACCAAUCAGGCCUUUAUGGUAGAGUGGCCAGACGGAAGCCACUCCUCAGUAAAAGGCACAUGACAGCCCGCUUGGAGUUUGCCAAAAGGCACCUAAAGACUCUCAGACCACGAGAAACAAGAUUCUCUGGUCUGAUGAAAACAAGAUUGAACUCUUUGGCCUGAAUGCCAAGCGUCACGUCUGGAGGAAACCUGGCACCAUAUCUACAGUGAAGCAUGGUGGUGGCAGCAUCAUGCUGUGGGGAUGUUUUUUAGCGGCAGGGACUGGGAGACUAGUUGGAUCGAGGCAAAGAUGAACAGAGCAAAGUACAGAGAGAUCAGACUGGGGCGAAGGUUCACCUUCCAACAGGACAACGACCCUAAGCACACAGCCAAGACAACGCAGGAGUGGCUUCGGGUCAAGUCUCUGAAUGUCCUUGAGUGGCCCAGCCAGAGCCCGGACUUGAACCCAAUCGAACAUCUCUGGAGAGACCUGAAAAUAGCUGUGCAGUACUGCUCACCAUCUAACCUGACAGAGCUUGAGAGGAUCUGCAGAGAAGAAUGGGUGUGCCAAGCUUGUAGCGUCAUAUCCAAGAAUACUCAAUGCUGUAAUCGCUGCCAAAGUAGCUUCAACAAAGUACUGAGUAAAAUGUCUGAAUACUUAUGUAAAUUUGAUAUUUCCGUUUUUUAUUUAUAAUAAAUUAGCAAACAUUUAUAAAAACCUGUUUUGAAUUUGUCAUUAUGGGGUAAUGUGUGUAGAUUGAUGAGGGGGAAAAAACAACUUAAUCCAUUUUAGAAAAAAGGCUGUAACGUAACAAAAUGUGGAAAAAGUCAAGGGGUCUGAAUACCUCCCGAAGACACUAUAUGUACAUAUAUAAACUACCGGUCCAAAGUUUUAGAACACCUAUUCAUUCCAGGGUUUUUCUUUAUUUUUACUAUUUUCUACAUUGUAGAAUAAUAGUGAAGACAUCAAAACUAUGAAAUAACAAAUGUGGAAUCAUGUAAUAACCAAAAAAGUGUUAAACAAAUCAAAAUAUAUUUUAUAUUUGAGAUUCUUCAAAUAGCCACCCUUUGCCUUGAUGACAGCUUUGCACACUCUUGACAUUCUUUCAACCAGCUUCAUGAGGUAGUCACCUGGAAUGCAUUUCAAUUAACAGGUGUGCCUUCUUAAAAGUUAAUCCUUUUUAAUGUGUUUGAGCCAAUCAUUUGUGUUGUGACAAGGUAGGGGGGGUAUACAGAAGAUAGCCCUAUUUAGUAGAAGACCAAUUCCAUAUUAUGGCAAGAACAGCAAAUAAGCAAAGAGAAACGACAGUUCAUCAUUACUCUAAGUCAUGAAGGUCAGUCAAUACGGAUAAUUUCAAGAACUUUGAACAUUUCUUCAAGUGCAGUCGCAAAAACCAUCAAACUCUAUGAUGAAACUGGCUCUCAUGAGGACCACCACAGGAAUGGAAGACCCAGAGUUACCUCUGCUGCAGAGGAUAAGUUCAUUAGAGUUACCAGCCUGAGAAAUUGCAGCCCAGAUAAAUGCUUCACAGAGUUCAAGUUACAGACACAUCUCAACAUCAUCUGUUCAGAGGAGAAUGUGCAAGGGCUAUUUCACCAAGAAGGAGAGUGAUGGAGUGCUGCAUCAGAUGACCUGGCCUCCACAAUCCCCCGACCUCAACCAAAUUGAGAUGGUUUGGGAUGAGUCGGAGUGACUGCAGAGUGAAGGAAAAGCAGCCAGCAAGUGCUCAGCAUAUGUGGGAACUCCUUCAAGACUGUUGGAAAAGCAUUCCAGGUGAAGCUGGUUGAGAGAAUGCCAAGAGUGUGCAAAGCUGUCAUCAAGGCAAAUGGUGGCUAUUUGAAGAAUCUAAAAUAUAAAAUAUAUUUAGAUUUGUAAAAAUAAAAAUGGGUUACUACACGAUUCCAUAUGUGUUAUUUCAUAGCUUUGAUGUCUUCCCUAUUAUUCUAUAGUGUAGAAAAUAGUACAAAUAAAGAAAACCCUGUAAUGAGUAGGUGUUCUAAAACGUUUGACUGGUAGUGUAUAUAUACUUUUUUGUUUAUAUGUCUGGUCACGGACCCCCUGCAGUACCUCGGACCCCACUUUGAGAACCCCGUACUAGAGCAUUAAGCAAGUAAACCUAUAUCAAAAAUAUCAAAAAGCCUAUCAAGCUAGUCUUGCCAAGUAUUGUAACCAUCAAGAUAUUCUCUGAUUACGAAUAAGAGUGCCAUUCAAAUCAAUCCACACCCAUUUAUAAACCAGUGGCACCUCACUUACCGUAGCUGUGUAAACAGACUCACUAUUUAGUAUAUUUUUACCCCUCCUGGAAUCUCAAAGUGAAAAAAGAAGCAAGUAAUUAUCUCUCUUAGGUCUCCACAGUGCAUGCCUUCAUCGCCUGCAGGCUGACCCCAAACAACAUGCCAAUGUGUGUAUACACAAAAAGCAUGGAUAAUUGAAUCUCUCUCUUAUUAGUCUCUACAGUGCAUACAUUCAUCGCCUGCAGGGCUGACCCGUAA